UGCGGCGUCGGACACGGCCAACAGCUCUCUUCCGCAGCCCGGUCUUCACCAUCACCACCGCCCGCCAGCAAGCAAGCAACUACAGACAAAAUGAAUAAGGGACCAGCAAUUGGUAUUGAUCUCGGGACAACCUACUCUUGUGUGGGUGUCUUUCAGCAUGGAAAAGUUGAAAUUAUUGCCAACGACCAGGGCAACCGCACCACUCCAAGCUAUGUUGCCUUCACUGAUACAGAGAGACUUAUCGGUGAUGCAGCCAAGAACCAGGUGGCCAUGAACCCAACCAACACAGUUUUUGAUGCCAAACGUCUCAUUGGGCGUAGGUUUGAGGAUGCUGUUGUUCAGUCUGACAUGAAGCACUGGCCAUUCAGGGUUAUCAGUGAUAGUGGCCGACCCAAGGUUGAGGUCGAGUACAAGGCUGAAAAGAAAACUUUUUACCCUGAGGAAGUAUCAUCCAUGGUGCUGACUAAAAUGAAAGAGAUUGCAGAGGCCUACCUUGGAAAGACCAUCUCAAAUGCAGUGAUAACAGUGCCGGCAUACUUCAACGAUUCUCAACGGCAAGCAACAAAAGAUGCUGGUACCAUUUCUGGCCUUAAUGUGCUGCGUAUUAUCAAUGAACCAACUGCAGCUGCAAUUGCUUAUGGCUUGGAUAAGAAGGUUGGGUCUGAAAGAAAUGUACUGAUUUUUGACCUUGGUGGUGGUACUUUUGAUGUCUCCAUCUUGACCAUUGAAGAUGGAAUUUUUGAAGUCAAAUCUACAGCUGGUGAUACCCAUCUUGGUGGUGAAGACUUUGAUAGUCGUAUGGUCAACCAUUUUAUUGCUGAAUUCAAAAGAAAAUACAAGAAAGACAUUACUGAUAACAAGAGAGCUGUUCGCCGUCUCCGCACUGCCUGUGAACGUGCAAAGCGUACGUUGUCAUCCAGUACACAAGCAAGCAUUGAAAUUGACUCUCUGUAUGAGGGUGUUGAUUUUUAUACCUCAAUCACUAGGGCGCGAUUUGAAGAGCUCAAUGCUGACCUCUUCCGUGGCACACUUGACCCUGUAGAGAAAUCCUUGAGGGAUGCUAAGAUGGACAAGGCUCAAAUCCAUGAUAUUGUAUUGGUUGGUGGAUCCACCCGCAUUCCCAAAAUCCAGAAGUUGUUGCAAGAUUUCUUCAAUGGCAAGGAAUUGAAUAAGAGUAUCAAUCCUGAUGAGGCGGUCGCAUAUGGUGCAGCUGUCCAGGCAGCUAUCUUAGCUGGUGACAAGUCUGAGGCUGUACAGGAUCUGCUGUUGUUGGAUGUUACUCCUUUGUCCCUGGGCAUUGAGACGGCUGGUGGUGUCAUGACGACGUUAAUUAAACGUAACACCACCAUUCCAACAAAACAAACGCAGACCUUCACUACCUAUUCUGAUAACCAGCCUGGUGUGCUGAUUCAGGUGUAUGAGGGUGAGAGAGCCAUGACAAAAGAUAACAACUUGCUGGGCAAGUUUGAGCUAACUGGAAUUCCACCUGCUCCCCGGGGUGUGCCUCAAAUUGAGGUGACUUUUGAUAUUGAUGCCAAUGGUAUCCUGAAUGUGUCUGCAGUGGACAAGAGCACUGGAAAAGAAAACAAGAUCACCAUCACAAAUGACAAAGGUCGCUUGAGCAAGGAAGACAUUGAACGCAUGGUUCAAGAAGCUGAGAAGUACAAGUCUGAGGAUGAUCAGCAGCGUGAAAAAGUAACAUCCAAGAAUGCACUGGAAUCCUAUGCUUUCAACAUGAAGGCUACAAUUGAGGAUGAAAAGCUGAAGGGCAAAGUUGGAGACGAUGACAAACAGAAGAUCUUGGAUAAAUGCAAUGAAGUCAUCAGCUGGCUGGAUAAGAACCAGACUGCUGAAAAGGAUGAAUAUGAACAUCAACAGAAAGAGCUGGAGAAGAUCUGCAAUCCAAUAAUCACAAAGUUGUACCAGGGAGCUGGUGGGCCACCAGGAGGCUUUCCUGGUGCUGGUGGUGCUCCUCCUGGUGCAGGUGCGUCAUCUGGCCCAACAAUUGAGGAGGUCGAUUAAAAUGCACAGCAUGUCUACUGGUCAUGAGUGUCUUGACUCUGGUUAAGUGCUCUUACUAUAUUAAAAAGAACCAGCUUUGAUUUUAAGUGCCAAGAUUUGAACAAUGCACUUGUACAUGAAUGUGUUUGGUAUGAAUAAAGGCUACGAUCAGAGUAUUAAA